AUGGCCCCCUCAACAUCCUCCCUCCUCCUCACCCUUUACAUCUCCUGCGAAACCGUCCGCGCAAACUACGCCUACCACGCCUUCCACACCUAUCCCCAAAUCUCCGCCUCCCUGAUCAACCUCCUCUCGGAAACCCUCAAGUUCCUCCUCGCCCUCUUCUUCAUCCUCAAAGCCAACGCAGGAUUCACACUCCCGGGAUUCAAAAAAUGCCUCCUUGCACUGCGCGAGGGGGAAACGCUCGAUUUCAGAAGGAUCCUCAAGUAUGCACUCCCAGCGGGAUUGUACCUGGCGAAUAACCUCAUUUACUACACCGUCCUGCCCAAGACGAGCCCGAGCUUGCUGCAGGUUUGUGUGCUGAUGAAGUUACCCACCACGGGCGUGCUGCAUCAUUACGUGAUUAAACCGCAGCGGAACCCUUAUGCAUGGACCAGUUUGGGAUGUCUAUGUGUUGGACUGGUGGUGUUCAAUGUUCCCUCGUCGUCGUCUUUGAAAGGGGGGAAGGGGGAUAGGAGUGGGAGUGCGACGCCGUCGUGGAUUCUGGCUCCGGUGGCGGGCUUUGCUAUUGCGUGUUUGUCUGCUAUGGCUAGUAUCGCGACCGAGACGUCGACGAAGAUGGGCGAGUUCUGGGAGAGUCAGAUGUAUUUGUAUACCUGGGGAGUGUUAUUCUCUAUCAUUGCUUUGCCUCUUGCGCCGUCUGGGAAAUCCUUUUCCGAGGCAGGAAGUACGGCUUUCGAGUUCGUGGCUACGGUCCUGGGACUUGUAGUCAUUACUUCCGGAACGGGAAUCGUCGUCGCGGUGGUUUUGAGAGCGAGAGAUAAUAUUCUGAAGUUGAUUGGGACGGCGAGUAGUCUUAUUACCAUCGCUGCUAGUCAGUUCAUCCUGCUCCCGCAGUUGAGAGCUGAGACUUUCACGCCUUGGAGGGUCUGUGGAGGGGGGAUUGUGACGGUGGCGACGUGGUGUUAUAAUCAUUAUAGUCAGGAGGCUUGGAAGGAGGGUUCUCCUAUGCGAGCUUCUGAUGUUGAGAAUGAGGGGUUGUUGGAUGCGGAGGGGUUGGAGAAGGAGGGCGGAGAGAGCAGUGAGGAGGUUGUGAAGGAUGAUGGGGGGGAAGAGAAGGUUCUAUUGUUGAGGCCUACGGCUGGGAAGAUUAUUUGUUGUGCUUUGGUGGUUGCACUUGCUACUUUUGAGGUUGCCUUGAGGACUUGA